AUGUCCAUGCACGGCUCGGUUCGUUUGACGUGGUGGGAAAGUCGAAGAAUUGUUGGGGGGGAAACCCUCGCGGCGGAGGCCGCGGGAGAGGCGGAAGAGGUGGAAGUGGCGGAAGAGGCGGAAGUGGCGGGCGAGGCGGACGAGGCGGGCGAGGGUUUAGCGGAUCAUUUGAAGUUUCAAGGGACUCGCAAGGUUCAGGGUAUAAGGGAGGUUGGGGAGGUUCGGGUUCGGGAGGCGGGGCUGGGCGGGGAUUGGAUGGAGGGGGGGGAAGACGAGGGGGAGGCUGGGGAGGCGGGCGCGGAAGAGGAGACGAGAGGGGGGGAAGAGGCGGAGGAAGGGGGAAUUGGGGAAGACAGCAGGGCGCAGCUGGCGGAGCGAUUGGGCGCGGCGGGAGCGCCAGCCCGGGCGAUUCGAGAAAGCGCAAGUUCGAAGGCGCAGGCGGAGGUUCCGGCGAGGGCGGAAGGGGAGGCGCGGGGGGGCGGGGGUGGGGGAGAGGAGGCGGGCGCGGGAGGGACGGGGGACGGGGCGGGGGGCGGGGCGGCGGACAGGGGCGAGGGGGAGGAAGGGGGGAGAGCGCUCCUAGCGGACCGAUGGAUAGGAAGCAGAGGAAGCCCUCUCCUACCCGCUGAACGCUCUUGCGCCUGCUCCUUUCAUCCCUCUCGCACCUCCUCCCCUCGUAUCACUCUCACGCUCCCCCUCGCCCGUCCUCUCUUGACUCUCAUUUUCUCCUCCUCUGCUCCCCCCUCCUCCCGCUCUCUCCGUCCUUCCCCCACUCACUACUCCUCCCUCCCCCUCUCCCCUUCCUUCCGCCUCUCACCCCUCCUCCCCACUUCGCCCUCCUUCCCUUCUUCCCUCCGCGCAGGAGAGUUGACGCUGCUGUGGGAGAAGAGUCGGCAGAGGAACAUCGAGAUGGAGAAGAAGCGCAAGCUGGUAACAAUGAUGACUGCGAAGAUGAAGGGGAAGAUGGUGGAGAUGGCGCGCUCACACACCGUGUCACGCGUGCUGCAGAUGUGCGUCAAGCACGGCCGCAAGGAGGAGCGGGAGGCAGUCUUCUCGGAACUACGCCCGCACUGCCGCGAGCUGGCGGUGCAUCCCUACGCCCACCACCUGGUCAACAGAAUGAUGGAUCACGCGAGCACGGAGAAGAAGCAUGACAUCGUGGGGCAGCUGAGGGGUCAUGUGGUCGAGAUGAUGCGCCACCCUGUUGCCAGUGCUGUGAUAGAGCACGCCUACCAGCUAUCAGCGCCCCCCCAGCGCUCCGCUUUAGCAUCCGAGUUCUUUGCGCCAGACUUCCGCCUCUUCCCCUCGCUCGUCCUGCCUGGCGCCGGCCGGCUCUCCGACCUGCUGGCGAACCUCCCCUCGGGCACCAGCAGGCAGUCCGUGCUGCAGCACCUGGAAACUUCCCUGCAGCCGAUUCUGGAGAAGGGGAUUGUGGACCACUCGCUGUUUCACCGGGUCCUGGCGGAUUAUCUUGGGGUGAUCUCUAAGCGGGAGGUAGCAGAGGUGAGGCAGCAGCUGAUGGGAGCGCUGCUGCUGCGCAUGGUGCACACGCGGGAUGGGGUCAGGAUCGCCAAUACCAUGGUGGCGCAAGCAACUCCCAAGGAGGUGCGGAAAGUGGUGAAGGCAUUGAAGGGGGUGGUGGCGCGGGUGGCAUGUGACGACCACGGCCACCUGCUGCUGCUGCAGCUGCUCGAAUCCGCCUCAUCAGGCCCUCUCAACCGGGUGUUUCGUGAUCAAAGAGCUGUUGAAGGACCUGUUCGAGGUCAUGCAGGAGCGCAUUGGCCACUUCAUGCCAUCAGUCUUGCUGUUCUGUUCUCCCUCGUCCUCACCUCCCUUCAGUUCGUGAUCAAGGAGCUCUUAAAGGACCUGUUUGAGGUCAUGCAGGAGCGGAUCGGUCGCAGGUUUUUGCUGCAGAUGCUGGCUCCCUCCUCCCACCGCUACCUGCCGCCCGAUGCUGUCCAGGCCAUUGUGCUGGGCGGCAGAGUGGAGGAGGAGGUGGAGAAGACGGAGGAGGAGGAUGGGGAGGAGGGGGAGGAGGAGGAAGGUGAGGAGGGAGAGGAAGGGGAGGAAGAGAAUGGGAAGGGGCAGGAAGGGAUGAUGGUGGAAGGGGAGGAUGGAGAGGAGGAGGGAGAGGAGGGGGAUGAGGAGGAAGGUGAGGGAGUUGAGAUGGGAGAGGAAGAUGAUGAGGAGGAAGGAGAGGAGGAGGAGGGAGAGGGUGAAGAGGGGGAGGAUGAGGGAUAUGAGGGAGAAGAAGGGGAGGAAGGGGAGGAAGGAGAGGAAGGAGAGGAAGGAGAGGAGGGGGAGGAAGGAGAGGAGGGAGAGGAAGGAGAGAAAACGAUGAAGCCUGGCAAGAAGAAGGGGAGGCUGGAUGGCAAGAAGAGAAAGGAGGCAGCAGCAGCAGCAGCAGCUGCUGCAGCAAUGGAUGAUAGUGAUGAUGACGAGGAGGAGGAGGAUGAAGGGGAGGAGGGGGGCGAGGGGGAGGGAGGGCAGGGGUCUCGAUCCCUUGUGAAGAGAAGGAAGCUUCUGGUGGAUUCAGGAUUGGCAGAGGAGAUGCUCAAGCUGGCAACGGAGCAUGCAGGAGCGAUGCUGACCUCUCAGUUCGCCUGCGAUGUCAUCUAUGAGUUCGCCUGCGAUGUCAUCUAUGAGGUACUGUGUGCUGUUACAGCUGCACCUGUGGCACGUGUGCUGUGUGCGUUUCAUCUCUUGCCCGAGGAGGGGACUCUUCUCUGCUCGCCCUUCACCACCCCUCGCUCCUCUCCCCCCUGCAUUCAGCCAUCGCUGCUGCUGCCGCUGCUCCCCGUCCCCUUACUAAUACUGCUCUCUCCUUCGUGUUUCUUCCCCACACAUCCCACCCCCUUCCCUCUCCAGCUUGCCCGAGGAGGGGAUUCUUCUCUGCUCGCCUUCCACCACCCCUCACUCCUCUCCGCCCUGCAUUCAGCCAUUGCCGCUGCUGCCUCUCCUCCCCGCCCUGCUGCUGCUGCGGGCCCUGCCAAGAGUGAGAAAGCUAAGAAGGGGAAAAAGGGGAAGGGGAAGAGCAAGGAGGGACAGGGCGAGGAGAAGGAGAAGGCGGAGGAGGAAGGGGAGGAGGGGGAGAAGGCAGAGGGGGAGGUGGAGGAGCAGCAGAGCCAUGUGUUGGAGGACUUUUUUGGGAGUAGAGUGCUCAGGCGGCUGGUGGCGGAUGAAGAGAGACUUGCAGCUGCAGCUGCUGCGGCUGCGGCUGCAGCAGCAGAGGGUGCGGUGGAAGGAGCAGCAGAAACGGCAAAGACAGAUGAAGAUGGAGAAGAAGGGGAAGUGGAGCCUUUCUGUGCUGUGCUGUGGCGAGAGGCACUGCAAGGGCGGUGCAGGGAGUGGGGCACGAGGCACAGUGCCAAGGUGGUGGCAGCACUGGCCCAUGCCCCGCACAAGCCAACAAAAGACGCUGCCCUGGCAGAAAUGGCAACUUUCUUUGAUGAGCCCGAGUUUGCAGCACUGAAACGGUUGGUGGAGAGUCCACCCUCCCACCACCACCACUAG